AUGCUGUUGUUCCUGCUCCCUGCAGCCUUUCUCGUGCGAAUCCAGGCCCCCGGGGCUCAGGCUGGGGGGAUCAUCGGGGGACAGGAAGCUGUGCCCCACUCCAGACCCUACAUGGCCUUUCUGAAGAUAAAAAGAUGCUUCGAACCCGUGAAUACCUGCGGGGGGUUCCUGAUCCGGGAUGACGUGGUGGUGACGGCGGCUCACUGUAGAGUGAAGUGGAGCAAAGGCAUCGUGGUGCUGGGGGCCCACAACAUUCGGAAGAAAGAACCAAGAGAACCAAGGAGUCAGAAAAUUAGAGUGAUGCGCUGGAUCCGCUACCCCAAAUAUAACAAAAUGACCCAAAACAAUGACAUCAUGCUGCUGCAGCUGAGAAAGAGGGCUGAACUCAAUGACUGGGUGCAGCCCAUCCCUCUGCCCCACCCCUGGCCGGAGGUACCUGUGGGCACCAGGUGCAAUGUGUCUGGAUGGGGCUGGAUGCAAGUUAAUCCCCCUAAGAGCUCGGACGUGCUGCAGGAUGUGGUUCUGGAGGUGAUGGCCGACGAGGUGUGUGAACACAAUUUGACCAAACCAUAUGAUGCUAAGUCCAUGCUCUGUGCGGGGGAUCCCAGAGGCAAGAAAGCCACCCUGAAGGGUGAUUCAGGGGGCCCCCUGGUGUGCGAUGGGGUGCCCCAGGGCAUCGUCUCAUGGGGGCCGAGCAACGGGGCCUCUCCUGAAGUGUAUGCAAGAGUCUCCCGGUUCGUCCGCUGGAUACGGACAGUGAUGAAACAGCUGACGCCCCCGGAUGCUCCUGGAAUCUCGUCUCGAACCUGA